AUGGUUCAAUAUGGUAGUAUUGAUCGUUUAGCAUCAUCAAAUCAUCGAAAACCAUCAUUUAAUAAUUUUUCAUCUAAUGCAUUUGCCGCAAAACGUAGUACAAGUUAUGGUUCAGGAACAAAAUUAAAUGACAAUAUUGGAACAUUAUCAUUACGACGUCACGAUAAUGAUCAUAUUCCUGCGUAUGAACGACGAACAUCGUAUGCGUCAAGUCAUUAUUCUACAUCCGGUUACGCAUCAUCAUACGGAACACUGCCACGUUAUAAUCGUUCACAAACUCCAAGCUAUUUAAAUCGAGAACGAAAUUAUGCAUCAAAUCGAGAAUACAAAUCAAUGUCACGUUUUUCAACUGAUAGAGAAUAUUCUGAAUCAGAUGAUAACGUCAAACAAAGAUUGGAUAAACUUCACAAUCAAUAUACAAGAGAGAAGAAUGCAUCAACAAAUGAUACCAAAUUUUAACAGGAUGAUAAGGAAGAAGGAGAAGAAGUACUUCCACUUGAUGAAAGUGAAUUGAAAGAUGUUUUACGCGAUAUUUCUAAACUUAAUGAGCAAGAUAUGAUAGAGGAUGAUGAAUUGAAAACUCCCCGUUGCUCCAAAGAAAAAGAAAUAUUAUCUAUUUGUGCUACAAAUAGUAUUGCAUCAAAUUCCGCUCCAAUAGUGAUAGAAAAUGUUGGCCAAAUAGCGUUGUCAUCGGUGACAGCAUGCAACACAAGUUCUUCUGCAGUGCCAAUAAAUGAUAACACAACUUUUAUCAUUCAAUCCAAUGA